AUGUCCGAAUUCUUUAAUACCAAGCUCUGUAAGUUUUAAUAAUUCAUGUCUUUGAGAAUGAACAUCUGGCCAUUAUGUUGUUUAUCCAGCUAUAAAUGAGGAUUACAAUCCUUAAAACCUUUCCGAAAACCUUUUGAGUAAACAGAAAACAAUUUGAGGGCUUUUCCUUUCGUUUCUUGUAAAUGCGAUUACUUGACAUUGGACUGGCACGUCAUCUUUUCUGGACAAUGUCAUCUUUUCUGGACUGUCAUCUUUUGCUGAACAAUAUUGCCUGGAUAAUUUGAAAGCGUUAUUUUAAGUAUUAUCUAAUACCAUUGUAACCGUUGCCUGAAGCAUGUCAUCUUGAAAUGUCGUUUAAUUAUCUGUCCCUGAACAAAGCUUUUCAGCGAUGCGGGGAUUACGGCGCCGAGAGGCGGUGGUCAUGGACGCGAGCCAAACGAAGAGUAUGGCCUUCUCUUUGAGUAAGUAAAUUAUUAUAGCGAAGACUUCUCGUCUUCCAAAACUUUGUUAAAGUCGUCCUUAUUAUGUCCACGCCAAGUCGCGUGAUUUAAUGUCGUUUCGUGACACUAACACAAUAUUCCUCUAACUCUUGAAAUAUUCUAAUACUUCGAUUUGUAUACAUAUUUCAUUCUUGUUAUUAUUAUGUGUGAAUAUCAAAGCAGUGUGUUGUUGACUUCAGAAGAGAACGACACCGACGCCCUCACUAUCGGGCCCUAUUUACAGAAAAAGGUGGGCCCGGCCGAGGUAAGUAAUCAAGAAUUUAUUAAUCAUUUAUGACUUUUAAUGUUAAUAUUGAUUAAGACACCAUAAUAUUAUUAAAGAUUUAUAAUGUUACGCAUCUCUCACUCACUUUCAAAUCUGUAAACAUGUAUUUUAGCAUGUUUUCGUACUAUUUUAAUCAAAAAUAAAGUAUUAAACUUUUAAAAAUUUUUAAAAAACCAAAUUUUGUUGGCUUUUCCCUCCAAAACAAUGCUGACGUCAGACGUCAAAAGCAAUGUUAUUCCCAAAGUCAGAUAAAUUAGAGGAUUAUUCGAGCUGCAAAUAUUGUUUUCAGCUUCAAAACAAAACUCACUUCAAUGCGGCCGAAAUAAAAACAUUAUACAGAGCUUUCAAGGCGACGGCGCCGAGCACCGUGAUACACAGGGAUCUGCUACGCAACAUAUUCAGGGAAUUCUUCAGACGAGGCGAUGUUGAACAUUACGCGGACUUAGUCUUUAAUGCCAUAAACACUUCACAUACCGGAUCUAUCACGUUUUCGGUUAGUUAAUUUUUGAAAGUUGAGUUAUUGAAAUGACCUUUUUUUGAAAAAUUUUUUAAAAUGUGAAUUUUUAAAAGUUGAAGACUGAUAAAUUUUAAAUUUGAGGAAAAACUUUACGGUUAACAGCUAAAUAUUUUUAAAAUACAGUAUCUUUACUUUCAGGAGUACUUAACAUGCUUAUCAGUGUUAUGUCGCGGUUCGACGGAUGAGAAGAUCAACUGGAUAUACGGUAUAUACGACCCUCUGGACAAGGGAUACGUGAGUUGUGAGCGAGUACAACAUGUUAUGACAGCUGUCGCUGAUCUGGUCGGAGUUCACAAGCGAAGUAUGAGCCGACCUGACCUCGACGUCAAGUGUGCUCGUGAGGUAUUCCAAAGAUUCAAUCCGAAUUCAGAAGGCGUGAUACGAAAACGAGACUUCCUUGAGAAGUGCAAGACCGAUCCUUACAUGUGCGACUCGAUUGACGUGUUCAAGUCGAUACUGUUCUAG